AGCGAUUAUAAACGAAAAAAAAACAAAGGAAAAUAUUGCAAAAUCAGAAUAAUGUCAACCGUGGAGGAAACAUCAACAGCAGGCACCAAGGCCGAAGAAGACGUGGGCGAUGAGGGAUAUGUGGAUAUGACGUUCACAAAGGAAUUGCGAAAAGCCACCAAAGAUGUGCAUAAUCUGACCGACGUUCUAGUUAAUGCAAAAUUUGCAUUCGCCCUUUCGGACGAUGAAGUUUGGUAUGAUGGACUUUUAGCCUUCUACGAAAUAUACAAGUUCUUUGAGGCCCGUCUGCCGGAGCGGCUGUUGCCAAAGGAGCUACAUAGAGCCGAGGCAUUUGAACGAGACUUUGCUUAUUUCUACGGGCCCAACUGGAAGGACACAUAUGAACCGCGGCCCGUAGUCAAGAAAUAUCUAGCACACUUGGAGAAGGUGUCGGCCCAGAACGAGCUACUUCUGUUUGCCUUUGCGUAUCAAAUGUACAUGGCACUGAUGUCGGGCGGCCAAAUGCUGCAAAAGAAACGCAUGAUUGCGCGCAAGCUGUGGAUUUUCCCCAAGGGAGGCGAGGAGGAACAACAGAAACAGGCUGAAGCAGAUGCCGAGGUAGCCACUGCAAACGCGGCAUCCGUUGGUCUCGAUAAAGAGGACUUGGAGGCGCGCCCAAUGCCUGCUCAGGUCACGAUUUGUCCACCUGGCUGUGAGGCCACAUAUUUUCCAGUCAAAAUUAAUGUACUAAAGGCAAAGCUAAGGCGCGUGUUCAACAGUCAGUAUGGCGCGUUUGAUGACGAGUUGCGGGCUGAAUUUAUAGAGGAGAGUCGCAAUGUGUUCCGCCUCAAUCUAGAAGUGAUCCGCACAGUUAAAGGCGUCAAUCGUGCCAAUCUGAAGAAGCUGGUUAUCGCCGCUGUCCUAAUAUCUAGCAUAUAUUUGGCCAUCAAGUUUGCCACUAAGUAAGACAAAGUCGUACCUGUUCCUGCUGCUUGUAUUUUAGUAUUGUGAUCAGACAUAAAACGUACAUGAUAUCCUGUUUUUGUAGUAAAUAUAUAUCUAGUGAAUCUUA